AUGUGCGAUGCCUUCACCGAUCUUGUGGGCGUGGUCGCUUGGUGGCGUGGUGGGCGGACUGAUCUUAGCGCCAAGUACACUGCGGCUAUUAAGAACGGUGUCACAGCCGAGGACGCGUACAUCGACAGCAUUUACAAGAUUCUGAUUGUGGUGUGUGUCACAGGUAGCUUCGUUUUUAUGGUGCGCACGAACCCACGCGACCGAUUCGAGAAGGGAUACCACCACAGUCUGUUUGGCAAGCGUGUGAUCAGUAUCAAGUUCAAGAAUACGACCGCGAAUCAAAAUGGCUCAAUGCAAAACGAGAUGUAA